AUGACUACUGCAGAGGCUACGCCUGAAAAGGCAAAAUGUCCUACAUUAGAGAUCACCAAGCAAGACUUUUUUCAAGAAGCAAAAACUCUCAUUGCCCAACAUUAUGAGAAAAUAAAUGAGAAUAAAGUUCAAGGAACUUCUAUAAAUGUUUUCAGAAAGAAACACCAAGAGCUGAAAUCUGGUAAAUACCUACCUUUGGAGAUUGACAAAAAGGAAACACAUGAUGUGGUGCAAGAACAUCGGGCAGCACUCAGAAGGAUUUGCUUUCCCAAGGAGCUUUCCAAAAGUGAACAUCUUCAGGAACCCCCACAACGAAUCUCCUUCAAGGAACCACACAUUUUUAGUAGAAGAGAAAGAUGCAGGCCCAUAGAUCUAAUUACAAAAGGACAAGUUAAAUUGGAUAAAAUCAUGACUAUUAUUGAACCAGUGAGUAAAAAAAUGGAGACAGCAAAGCAACAGCACUUUGAGGAGUCCAGGUAAUAUCGAACUUAAUGUUUUGGAAACAGAAUGUUGGAAUUACUCUAUCCCUUUCCUGUCCAUCUUUACUUACAACCCGGGACCUCUACCUUGGAACUUCUGAAAGAACCUGACAAAACAUUCUAUGACUGGAGAGGAUUUGUGCCGACAAGGUCUUUCUCUUUGGCUUAUGACUCUGGUCGAGUUACUUUCUCUCAAUCAUCAUCAAUAUUUCGGGAUUAUUAUACUAAAACCUUUAAAGCCUUUAUUAAAAAGGAGCAAAAACCUAUCAAGCCAGAACCACAAUCACAACCCAGGAUAAAAGGUACUCCAAAUAAAACUGAUAAACUUGACAAUAAAGUUAAAAGAAUUGGACCACACAUAGAAAUCUUCCAAGUAUUCCGAGAAAGAAAAAAAUUCAUGAUUACCCCAAAAUUGAUUAGAAUGGUCACCAUCAUGCAGGCAUAUGUCAGGGGAUGGCUUGAACGCAAAAGAUUGCAAAGAGUAAUGACCAAGGCUUUGUAUCAUGGACCGGAUAUGAAAGCAGUUAUUAACAUGUAUGGCAGACUAAUCCACCGUGUUAGAUAUCGACGUGGUCUUUGGAGGACAAGACAAAUUGUCAACUUAUCAGAGCUAGAGGAAUGGAUGGACCGAAAAAAAUUCUAUGAAAUAAUGUUUGCUAAGAGGGAAUAUUGGCCAAAAAUUGAAAGAAGUGAGCUCCCCAAUUUCUUCAAUGACUGUGGACAUUUCCCAACUCAGAAACAAAUUGAUGAUACUUGGGACCUAGUCCAUCAAGAUGGCAAAGAAAAAUAUUCUGAACUAAUCAAAAAGUCCAAAGCCAUUGAAAUGUUAUUUACACUCUAUCCUCCUGAAGGUGCACAUGUGCCUGACAGUACACUACUCAAGUCAACUUGGUUGAGACCCAUAGUAAAUGGGGAAGAAGGUUAUAAAUAUAUAGUGAAUGGACAUCCAGUACUCAAACGAGCUAACAUCCAGGUUGUUGGAAAGUUGGUGGCCAGUUCCAUAAGAGAAAGGAAAAUGAGACAACAUUAUAAGUCUUGUAAAGUUGAAUGA